CGGUCUGUAACCGCUAUGUCCCAGGGAAGAAAAAAAAAAUAAAUCCGCUACACGGCGACGCUCCAUCUAUUCCGGACUUGUCGGUGGUCUUAGACUCACUUCUGUCGCGGGGCUCCGAAGACAAAAAUGUCCGAGCGCAGGUAACGCUUCCCCGGAACCUGGCCCGACGGAGGACGGAGCGGAGCAAAUGGAGAGGCCGGCGAGGCUGCUGCUCUCGUCCGAGCUGCGCGUCCGAAACGUCGGCCACGAAGUGAGCCUGUGUCGGUCGGUGCUCACCUGGAAGAGGCAGGCCUCCAGCCCGGUGUACCACCCGUUCAGACCCAGCGUGUGUCGCAGUGUGUGCGUGUCGGAGAUCAUCAGCGUCCGAGAGGAAGAGUUGGAGAGCAGCAAGGAAGAUGGCAGCUGGAAGAAGAUUCGAGACUGCAGGCGGUCUUUUACAGUGUUGUACGUGGAGAGGGGUCGGCAGCACCGCUGGCGGUGCGCUGAAGUCACCUUCACGUGUCCAGAGGUGGCGCUGUGUCAUCGCUGGGUGGGCGUGAUCAGAGAGCAGCUGGCAGCCAUCGCCAGCAGACCCAAGCAGCUGCUGGUCUACAUCAACCCGUACGGCGGCAAGCGUCAGGCCAAGCGCGUCUACCAGCAGAAGGUGGCGCCCUUGUUCGCCCUCGCCGACAUCAGCGCGCAAGUCAUCGUGACCGAGUACGCCAACCACGCCAGAGACCACCUGAGGAAAGAGGCGGAGCUCCAGAAGUUUGACGGCGUGGUGUGCGUCGGCGGCGACGGCAUGUUCAGUGAGGUCGUCCACGGCUUGAUCUGGCGCACGCAGAAAGACGGCGGCGUUGACGUCGACCGUCCCGACCAGACGCUGGUUGGCUGCUCGCUGCGAAUCGGAAUCAUCCCUGCAGGCUCCACAGACUGCAUCUGCUUCGCGACGGUCGGCACCAACGACCCGGUGACAUCUGCGCUACACAUUAUCGUGGGUGACUCGCAGCCGAUGGACGUGUGUUCGGUCCACCACAACAACGCCUUCCUCCGCUACUCCGUCUCUCUGCUCGGAUACGGUUUCUACGGAGAUGUGCUGACAGACAGCGAGAGGAAGCGAUGGAUGGGCCCGGCGAGAUACGACCUGGCAGGUCUGAAGAUGUUCCUGACUCAUCAUUACUACGAGGGGACCGUGUCGUACCUGCCAGCCAGUGGCAUCAUGGGAGAGCCAAGGGACGCCUCCAGGUGUCGAUCAGGCUGUUCGGUCUGUCGAGACAACAGGAAGCUUUUGUCAGAGAGAGCUGAGAUGUACGAGACGGAUCAGCUGUCGGAGAGUGAAAGCGACAGCGGCUGGCGGACCAUCCGAGGCAAGUUCCUGGCAAUAAACGCCGCCAGCAUGAGCUGUGCUUGUCCUCGCAGCCCUAAAGGCCUCUCACCUGCUGCACACCUUGCCGACGGCACCACUGACCUCAUCCUGGUCCGAAAGUGUUCCCGCUUUAACUUCCUCAGACACCUCCUGAGACACACCAGCAAAGACGAUCAGUUUGACCUCUCCUUUGUGGAGGUGCACCGGGUCCGCCGGUUCCGAUUUACGCCGCGCCACUGCCAGAGCGACUCAGACCUGGAGCUGGACUUACUGGGGAACAACAAACACCAAAUUUUCAGCCAGAUCUGCCGGGACCAUCCGGCUUGUGGCUGCUCACCCGCCUUCAGCAACUGGAACUGCGAUGGCGAGAUCCUGACCCACACGGCCAUCGAUGUCAGAGUGCACUGCCAGCUCAUCAAGCUGUUUGCCCGAGGCAUCGAGGAACCAGCUAUGUUUGACGACCUCACUCCCGCCUCGUCCAUGUAGACCUCAGAACGUCUGGGACUGGCGACACCUCGUCCCUUUGUCUUACAUUGAACGGGUCUGGUCGGUUCUGUUUAGUUAGAAAUACACAAAUAUCUAGAUGAGGAACUGAACCAGCCCUGAAAGCAGCUAAGUAACGCUGAUUUCUAAAAGUCCAGUCCCUAGAGUUUGAAGUCUUGAGUCUCAUCAAGUGUUUAGUCCUGGUCUAAGGCAGAUUCCAGUCAAACAAGAAGUCCGGCUUGAGCAAAAUCUGAUUGCAGAGUCUGUUGUUUACGUUGGGUUUUUAUUCCAGUCCAAAUGUUCAAGUCAAAGCUGGUUUUUGUCUUGGACUGGUUUAGACCUGAUCUAGAUGACUUAGAUUCUGCUCCAAGUCUCUUAUGAUCCUCAUGAAUCCUAUCAGUCUCUUUGCAGAAUGUCUGGGACUGGUGACACCUCGUCCCUUUGUCUUACUUUGAACGGGUCUGGUUGGUUCUGUAUAGUUAGAAAUACACAAAUAUCUAGAUGAGGAACUGAACUAGCCCUGAAAGCAGCUAAGUAACGUUGACUCCUAAAAGUCCAGUCCCAAGAGUUUGAAGUCUUGAGUCUUAGCAAGUGUUUAGUCCUGGUCUGAGGCAGAUUCUAGUCGAACAACAACAAGGUCUAAUUGCAGAGUUUAUGUUGUUUCUGUUAGGUUUUUAUUCCAGUUCAAAUGUUCAAGUCAAAGCUGGUUUUUGUCUUGAACUGGUCUAGACCUGAUUUAGAUGACUUAGACUCUGCUCCUAGUCUCUUGUGAACCUCAUGAAUCCUAUCAGUCUCUUUGCAGAACGUCUGGGACUGGUGAAACCUUGUCGCUUUGUCUUACUUUGAACGGGUUUGGUUGGUUCUGUAUAGUUAGAAAUACACACAUAUCUAGAUGAGGAACUGACCCUGCCCUGAUAGCGGCUAAGUAACAUUGACUCCUAAAAGUCCAGUCCCAAGAGUUUGAAGUCUUGAGUCUUAUCAAGUGUUUAGUCCUGGUGUGAGGCAGAUUCCAGUCAAACAACAACAAGGUCUAAUUUCAGAGUUUAUGUUGUUUCCGUUGGGAUUUUAUUCCAGUCCAAAUGUUCAAGUCAAAGCUGGUUUUUGUCUUGGACUGGUCUAGACCUGAUCUAGAUGACUUAGACUCUGCUCCUAGUCUCUUGUGAUCCUCAUGAAUCCUAUCAGUCUCUUUGCACAAUGUCUGGGACUGGUGAAACCUUGUCCCUUUGUCUUACUUUGAACGGGUCUGGUUGGUUCUGUACAGUUAGAAAUACACAAAUAUCUAGAUGAGGAACUGACCCAGCCCUGAUAACAGUUAAGUAACGUUGACUCCUAAAAGUCCAGUCCCAAGAGUUGGAAGUCUUGAGUCUCAUUGAGUGUUUAGUCCUGGUCUGAUGCAGAUUCCAGUCAAACAACAAGGUCUGAUUGCAGAGUUAAUGUUGUUUCCUUUGGGUUUUUAUACCAGUCAAAAUGUUCAAGUCAAAGCUGGUUUUUGUCUUGGACUGGUCCAGACCUGAUCUAGAUGACUUAGACUCUGCUCCUAGUCUCUUGUGAUCCUCAUGAAUCCCAGCAAUCUCUUUGGUUUUGUUAAUUAAGCCCGUCUCUGAUUUGAUUCUUCAUUUCUGUUUGUAUCUUUGAUGGUCACUGCUGUCAGUCAAAAAGGUCACUUUUGUAGCGUGUCACUUUGGAGGGUCGGCAUAGUCCUGACUUCAACUGCACAAGUCACUACUAAAACCUCUAUUUAAGUUGGUCUGUUACGUUUUUAAAAGAGCGGCGAUGCUCCUUACUCUUAGGGUCACGCAUUCCUCAAGGUGCCAGGUGACCCGGCGCCAAGACCCGCUCGUAGCUUUCAAGUCGGCCUGAGAGCACUUCAGUCUCUUCGAUAUGCAAAUGAGGUCGGGCCGAGCAAAGUCCGAACAAAACCCGACAGGUGAGACGCCGUUCUCUGUCGUAACGGUGUGCGGUCAUCUAUAUGUAGCGCUGAUGUUUGUGUAGCUCCUCAGAGUACCUUAGACCCGUAGCAUCCAUGUCACCAUGAGUUUUCCUGAAGAUGUUCCCAAGUUCUGGUCCAAACACCAAAACGAAGUCCACCUCUUUUGUUCGGAGACGUAUUUAGCUUUGAUUACAUCCAUUUUGCUAGAUUAGGUGUUCUUUCACAUGUCAGCGAACCACGAGCAUGUUAUGCAACUCAACAAAUGCUGGACCCCCAUCCCUGUAGACCUGUACUGUGGACAAGUGGACCCCCAACUCUGCUGUAGCCUCUUGCCUCACGUCAGAAUAAAAACCUGUCAACUCCUCUCA